AUGAGUCUUCAAAUGACCUUGAUUUUCCUGCUCCUGCUGGGCGAUAUGGUACUUUUAUCACUGUACGUCUUGCCCUUGCCCCACACCGUGCAGAAGAAACUGGUACUGGUUUUCAAUAAGUUGAGGCAAAGCCAACAUGCGAAGAUUGGGAUGAUUUUCACGAUGUCCGUGGUCGGCCUUUUGUUCAUCGAUGCUGCCAGGGUAGGACUUGGUGCUCCUGCUGAGCCAGAGCAACAUCACCACCAUAAGUGGUCUAUACCUGUUUCUGCCUCCUGGCCUCACAAAGCAAAGAUAUUCUAUGCCCAGAGAAAUUUGUAUAUCUCAGGUGCUGUGCUCUUUUUCUCGUUUGCCAUUCUGGUUGUUCAUUUCCAUGUUGAGGCCCUUACCGUAGCGAAGGAUUCGUUGUCAAAGGGCACCAAAGAGCCCGUCAAGACGGACAUCGGAUCCAUUGGACUUGAAGAGCUGAAGCAGCAAAUCAAGCAGAAGGACCUGGAUAUUUUGGCCUUGAAAAAACAGACCAAGAGCCUUGCGGAAGCGUACAAAAAGAUCAGCGACGAGCUCAACAACGACGACGACCUGGUGAUAGUGGACAAAAAGAAAGAUUAG